AUGCCGACCCCGAGCGUCACCUCUCCACAUUUAGCCUCGCUCUCCCUGGAUGCGCUCUCUGCGCGAGGAACCUGCCCUCCAGACAUUGUCGAUCGAACCGACGGCCGGAAUACGCCUACAGAAAUCAACCUGCUCGCGCAUGAUGCAUACGAUGUUCCGGGUCUAAUUGCGACGUCAGAGUUGCGGCCAGAGCUGGACACGCCUAUUACUCUACAAGACGCCUCUUCCACUGACAAUAAAGACGCCCGAUCGGACGGUGAACACGAAGCUUCAAGUCCUACAACGUCCGUAUCCACCCAGUCAACGGAAAUCAAGAAUGAACCACCGCUCUCCCCGGCCGGAUCUUCAACCGUGGCUACACCUUCGUAUAUGACUUCACUCAGUCAUGAUUUUUCCAACGUCAGGUUGCUUCCCGAUCACCCCUGUUCGUACCUUAGAGCAGGUAGCAAGUUCGUUGGGACGCAGCAGUCCGACCGUCAAAAGUACAAUGUGGAUGUGGAAAUCAAAAACGUCAACAUGGAGGAGUCCUUUCUUUGUGGCUAUCUCCGCAUCCAAGGCCUUACCGAAGACCAUCCUACGCUCACGACGUACUUUGAAGGCGAACUAAUAGGCACAAAGCAUAAGUUCCAAACGCGGAACCCAUCCUGGGGUGCGACGGAUAAAACUGACCUGCAGCAUUGGGAUCGUUUCCCUGCGUGGCGUUCUGUCUCUAAAAUGGCUAGGAAGCCCGAUUUUACAGAUAUGAACUUUGCGCAGAGAGAGCAUAUCUUCAUGAGGUGGAAGGAAUAUUUCCUGGUCCCCGAUCAUCGUGUCAAAACCAUAAACGGUGCAAGUUUUGAAGGAUUCUAUUAUAUUUGCUUUAAUCAGUCCAAGGGUACCGUUAGCGGUAUCUACUUCCAUGCGAAGAGUGAAAAGUAUCAGCAACUCGAGCUUGAGCAUGUUGAUAAUCGCGGGUGUUUCGGCGCCAUGGAAUUUCGCUGA